AUGUGGAAGUCAGCGGUGGGCCACAACGUGAGCGUCAAGGUGGCUGCAGAGGGGGACGACUGGGAGACGGACCCUGACUUUGAGAAUGACGUUUCUGAGCAGGAACAGAGGUGGGGAGCCAAAACCAUAGAGGGCUCCGGACGUAAAGAACACAUCAGUGUUGCUGAGCUCAGACACAAGGUCACUGAGGAGCACAAACAGGUGAAGCAGAAGGAGCAGACCCCCAAAGCUUCAUAUGGCUACGGAGGCAAGUUUGGAGUGGAGAAGGACAGAAUGGACAAGGCGGCUAUGGGACACGACUAUGUGGCGCAGGUGGAGCAGCAUUCCUCUCAGAAAGACAUGGCCAAGGGAUUUGGUGGAAAAUUUGGUGUUCAGAAAGACCGUGUUGAUAAGUCUGCCAUGGGCUUUGAGUACAAGGGAGAUGUGCAGCAGCACACCUCUCAGAAAGAUUAUGCAAAAGGAUUUGGGGGGAAGUACGGUGUCGAGAAGGAGAGGGUGGACAAGGCAGCUUUGGGUUACGACUAUAAAGGCGAGACGGAGAAGCAUCAGUCACAAAAAGAUUACGCCAAGGGGUUUGGAGGGAAAUACGGCGUGGAGAAGGAGAAGGUGGACAAAAAUGCUGUCGGCUACGAAUAUAAAGGAGAAACUGAGAAGCAUCAGUCACAGACGGAUUACUCAAAGGGAUUUGGUGGAAAGUACGGUGUGGAGAAGGAGAAAGUCGAUAAAUCUGCUCUGGGGUUCGAUUAUAAAGGCGAGACGGAGAAACAUCAGUCACAGAAAGAUUACUCAACAGGUUUCGGAGGUCGUUAUGGAGUGCAGGCCGAUCGCAUGGAUAAGAGUGCCGUAGACUUCACAAACAUGGACACCCCCAAAUCUGCUUAUGAAAAGACCCAGCCGGUGGAAGCCUCAAGCGUGGGCGCGGGAAAACUGAAGGCUCGAUUUGAGAACUUGGCCAAGGCUUCAGACGAAGAGAACAAGAAGAAAGCUGAAGAAGAGCGAGCGAGAAGACAAGCCAGAGAGAACAAGGAGCGAGAGGAGGCCAAACGCAGACAGCAGGAACAAGAAAGCAAACGGGAAGAAGAGUUGAAGCCUCCACCUGUUCAAGAAGAACUGGACUCCGACAUGUCAGAACCAGAUACUCCCCACCACAUGGAGGAGAUACAAGAAGUACCUGAGCCAGAGUCAGAGGUGAAAUACAAAUGGACCAAAUUAUGGCCCAUAGGGGGCGGUAAUGAUCCUUACAGCUGGUUCCCGGAAGUGCGGGCCCCUGUGGAUCUUUGA